UCCUCUAUAAUUUUCCCAACCUUACUCCAACCUUUGACCCACUUCGAGGGAAAAUCUACCUGCGCCCCACUGUGCACUGGUAAACGAACGUUUUAACGUUCUCCAUUUGGUGGUGGCUAGUUGGUUGGCGGGUACUUCGUGGACUCCUUCGAUGGGGUGGAGGCGAAGGUGGUAAAGGUGGAGUGGUUCCCCGUUGGCAUGGUGCACGCGAAAAAGCCAAACGAAAAGUACACUUUCCAGGCAAACUCCAAGCUGCCCUCGAGGAGUCCGUCAAGAACUGUUGGUCGCGUUGGUUGGAUUCUACAUUGAUUGUAUAUUUUCCUCAUUUGAAAAUUUGAGCUUACGUUAUAAUACCAUAAGAGAACUUCAAGAUGAGUUUGCUUUUGAGGCGACGUUCGCGCAGCGAGACGCGUCCUCAAGAGAUUCCGGCCGAUAAGGCCAAACAUCAGGAAUCGGAGAAACCGGACAGGCAGCAGCAGCAGCAGCAGGCGAAGCACCAUCAAAUGCGCCACCAUCCGCAUGCCAGUGAACAGAAUCUUAACAAACUGGGCCUGGUUUCCAGUGGCUCUAGUGGAAUGGGCAGGCGCAAGACAUCCGCGGAACUCAUUAGCGAGGCCAAGAUGUUUCUUGGCGAAUCCGUUAAUGCCGUUCCCCUGAUGGCCACCGGUGGUGCCCGUCUGGUCAGCACUCGACGACCUAUUACGCCUCGCGAGUCCGGACGCGUUUUAUACGGCAAAGUCGCCCUGGCAGGACGGCCACCCAGUGCUUUUUCCAUGCGGUAUUUGCAAAAUGAGAAACCAUCGACCCCACGUCAGUUGCCGGCUCUUUCGGGUUCUGGACCGGCCACGCCAAUGCCCACCAGAAACGGAGCUCUACUGUGUCAAUCCAGCACAGAAACCCUGAUUGAACUGCUAAAGCAGCACAGUGGUCUCAAGGAUUGCAGUGAUGAAACGGUGCAGCACAUAAAUGCGAUCCUCCAGGAGCUUUAUACUCGCGUGAGAAAGCAGGAGCGCAACUUCAAGCGUGGUUUCAUCCUGGGAGGUCUCUAUGGCUUGGUCGAAUGCAGUUCUCCGCGUGUUCUUUUGGCUGUGGCUCGAGUGGUUUUGGCACUUAGGGUUACGGGCAGUAAUCUUACCGGUGCCUGCAAGCUGAUCUUUAAGGUGGCCAGACACGAACAACAUGAUGCCUUGUUCCACGAACACGAUGUACUUGAACUGCUUAUUGAUGGCUUGGGACACGCCUCGCCUUUGGAUGAGCCGGAGGCUUGCAUUUAUGCCUAUGGUUGUAUACGUUUCUUGACCGCCAGCAGUGCCCAGGAGCGUGAUGAUGCCCUGAAUCGGAAUUGGAUUGGUUUGGAGAACACCGGCGAAAAUCAUUCGCUGCCUAUUCCUGCUCUUAUGCCUCCUGCUCUGACAGCCAUAACCGCUGCCCUUUGUCCUAGAAAAUUGACGGGUCAGCAAACGUUGGUUUCCCGUCUGGCUCGUCACGGCGCCGUGGAACUGAUGAUAUUGCACCUGCAGAUGUUGAAUGAGGCGGGAGCCACCAAACGCCUUCAGGGUCCGCCGCUUCACACACUCUAUCAAUUAUCGGCCGCCAUGAGAGCUCUGGCAGAUGUUUCCCAGCAGCAGCAGCGUCUGCAGCUGCAAUUACAACUAGCCUGUCCGCAUCUUAUCCGAGCAGCCGAGGUUUCCAUGGGCGAACUGGAGGUUCAAGCCAAUGUGGUGCGCACUCUAAGUGUUCUUUCGGAGGACUCUGAUUGCUGUGAAACGCUGCACAACUAUGCUGCCAGGAUAGGCCUGCUUCUGGGCCCAUCUUGUGCCGGUGGUGGUCAGUGCAGUGAACGUCUGCUGGCGGUACUAAGUCGAUUGGGCUACAUGCUGGGCAAUAUAUUGGCCAAACACGAAUCAGCGCGGAUACAGUACUUUCACAACGAUGUGGCCAUGGAGUAUCUUCUGAAUGUCCUGGAGCAGCUAAAUGAACGCUCACCCACCAGCGUGGCUCUUUUGGAUGCUCAAAUCAAGUUGAUACGGGUGGUGGCCAAUAUGAGCGUGAAUGCCGAAGUGGGCGCUGGCUUGGGAAAUGUCCGUUCCUUGGGCGCUGUGCUGAUGCAGCUUUUGAGCAAAACCAGCGGGGAGUUGGCCAAGAAGAAGUCCCCGGAACAACAGGAACUUCUACAUGCCACCUUAGGUGCCCUGCACAAUCUUUGCUUCUAUCAGGACAAACAGGCAGCUGUGCAGCCUUUGGCUGAGGGAUCUCUUCAGAGUCUGAUUGACGACCUGUCCGGUUCUCUGGCCAAAGUUUUAAGCAGCUGUCAGACGUCAGUAACCAAAGUGGAAUUGGCCCGAGUUCUGGGUAAUCUCACAAGGAAUGAGCGCGCACGUCGUUGUUUCUGUGCAGCCGGAGGAUUGCCAUUGAUGGUGCAGCAGCUGACGAAACAGGCAGCUGGCCAGGAUUACGAGCUGCGCACCUGUGCCAUUGGUGUUCUAGUGAAUCUCUUGGGCGAUGGCGAACAGCGAGGUCCCUUUCUGCAACUCCGAGGAGCAGAACUUUUAUCCCUACUGUUGCGCGGAUCUUUGGAGCAGGAGGAUUGGUUCCUGGCCAAUAUCGUUUGCCAGGCCCUCUGGAAUCUUCUCAUCGAUGGACAGUGUGCGGCUAAUCUUUGCCAGAGCGGUAAUAUUCUUGAUGAAGUGAGCGAUCUGCUGGCCGAUUAUCUCGAUGAAGAUCGAUUACUUCCCGGCGAUACCGAUAACGAUGAAGAAGAACCAGACGGGGAACAGGAAGAUAUAGAUGCGGCGGAAACGGAUCCAGAGACUCAUGAUGCUUUGUGGGAGGAUUUUGCAUUGGUUGCCACCGAUUUGCUGGAACGCAUCCAAAACAAUUUCGAUAGACAGCAGCAAUCGCAGACUUUGGUGCCACAGCAUGCCGAUAACGAAGACGAUAAAGAUGUAUUCAUCGAGGAAAUGUAGUGGAAGUUCGUUCGAAUAGUUUUUUAGUAUUUAUAUGUGUUUGCAACAUUAUUCGAUAAAUAUCUUAAACCAAAUAAUCAAAGCCAAUAAAAAUAUGUUUUAAAAUACUCUUCUAAUUGUUUUGAAAGUUAAGUUUCAUACGAUAAAUCAAUACUGACCCUACAUUAAAUAUUUCAUUAAACAAAUAAUAAAUCAUGUUAAAUUACAAACAUUAAACAUUUAUAUGAUGAAAAUGUUUUGACAAUGAUCAUUUAUCAAUAUCAACAAAUAUGACGAUUACUUUUAAAAGAGGAAAUGUUUAUGCGAACAAGUUAUUGUUGUUUAAAAACACUAGGCUACAUACUUUAGGUUUUUGGUUUGCAAAAAGGGUUUACGAACUGAGUCAUCUGCUUUCAGAGCUAUAGUUAGCCUUUUCCUGAAUUUUAGUUUAAGAUAUCUUUGUUUACUUUAAAUAUCUUUAGAUAUGGUAUUCUCAUUAACGCUGCAUAUUUAUAAUUUAAAAGAAAACGACAAGCACUUGUGAUAUAUGAUAUGAUCUCAGUAUAACAAUGUUUGGUCAUAGAAAACAAUUGUUAACGCUUCUGUUUCUUCCAAAUUUUUCUAAAGAAUCUAAAGAGUAUCAGUAUCAGUAUAUAAAACAGCUGUUCUAUAUAUAUUUCCCAGGUGCUGUGUUAGCUAGUGUAGUUUAAACCAAACGACAUAUUCAAGUGAUGACAACAUCGUUAGCACACCCAUACACCAGCGGAAACCAAUACACGCACGUCUUAAAGCCAAGUUUGGGUUCCAAUUGGAAUCGGUCUUAUUGGCUGCUAGCCCAUUAAGCUGGGUUUUAUUUAUAAGUAUGAGUGUAGAAAAAUUUAUCAAUAAGAAAAAAGGUAAACGCUGCCCUCGAUUUGUUUUUCUUUUUUUUUUUUUUUUUUGUUUGGUGAAUUUAUGAAUCAUCCCCGCACAUUGUUGCUCUUUCUUUCACCCUCUCUCUCUCUCUGCUUCUGUUUUCCUCUCUGUUUUCUUUUCUGUGCGUCUUUAUCUCCCAUUCCUGCUCUUUUCUUUCUUGUAAUAUUAUUUACGCAUUUUGUUUAUUAAUUUAUAUUAGCAAAAGCUUGUAAAUAUUCCGGAAACAUUUGAGGUUAAGUAGGGAAAUAUGGGUAGAAGAAAAGAAGAAAUUACAACAUGCCGAUGGAAUCAGCUGGUUUUUUUUUUGACUCUAGUUAAACAUAACUCUGAGUUUGCCGGCUGUCAUAAACCGAAAUUCGAAAUUAAUGAAUAUCAGUAACCAACGGCCAAAAAAGUAAGAUAAUAGUGGUGGCAAAAAUCAGUUAGCAAACGUCAUCUAAAGAAAGUUAUCAACAAAAAAUAAUUAAAGAGAAAAACAGAGCGCCCGCUCUUAUGGGUUUCUUUUUUGUUUAUCUUUUCGAAUUCUCUUUUUUUUUUGUGGUCUAAUUGCAUUAAUUAUUGUACCUAAUACGUUUUCUAUAUAUUUUUUAAUCGCUAUCUAGAUAGGUUGGUUUUUCUUUAAGUUCUAUAAGGUGCAAUAAUUAUAGCUACCAGGUUUCCCUUCCUUUGCUAUAAUCCUUUAAUUUAAAUACCUUUUGAUUUUAUCACUGAGAUUAACUAGUUCUUUUUGCAAAUCACAAAAAGGCAAAUUCCUUAAAGGAAUCGGUUAGCAAGAGGACAUAUUCUCCGCUUAUUUGGAAACCUAUUGGUGUUUCAUUCAUAAACAUAUUUUUCAGGGGUUUUUACGGUUUUUGGGUUACACCCUUAGUUAUGCUCAUUUGAUUACUUGGGGCUAAGGUUUUCUGGGGGCUCCUUUUUGGGGAUAUUUCUUGGGGCGGAAUUUG